AUGACCAUUUCCUAUGCAUUGAUUGCCGAAUGUGCCAUCAAGAGUACUUCGGAUGAAAUUUACUCGACCAACGUCAUCUCGGAAACUUCAUGCCAAAAAACGUUGAGAAGAGUGAUUGAACAAAAAAUCAUUCCCAAGAUGAUGAAUCAUUCUGUGCAAGUUUCUUCGUAUGAUAAGCUCGUACUCACUCAUGAAAUGUUUACCUUCUUCAUUAAGAAGGAACGAUCUAGUAUGGGCGAUGUGUUUUAUGUGGUCAUUUCCACACAAGAUCAAGUCAAACAUAGAAUUUGUUGGAAAAUGAUUGAUUCCAUGUCUCAGGAAUAUCAUUCUCAAUAUUUGGAAUCGAACAGAAAGAUCAUUCCAAAUUUGUCUCAACUCAUGAAAUUUCAUAAUGAUCCCAACAAUGAUAAAAUUACCAAAUUGCAACACUCAUUGGAUGAAGUGAAGAAUGUGAUGGUUAUUAAUGUAGAUAAGAUUUUGGAAAAUCAUCGAAAGAUGCAUGAAUUAAUUGCCGAGUCUGAUGAUUUGAUGAAGCAAGGUGAACUAUUUGCUAAGGGAGGAAAGAAAUUGAAGUGGGCCAUGAUUAAGCGAUGGAUUUAUUUGGCUGGUGCUGCUGCUGCAACUGCAACGGUGAGCAUUGGUACUAUUGCUUUGAUCUUGAUAAUUGCUUUGUAA